GACUGCCCUGUAUUUGAAUGCUCUUAGACUUGAUGUCGGAGGAACAUGACAGAAAAUAGGACCCAGCAGACAGCCUCGCCGAACCUCACCUGUUCAAAGCCACUUUUACUUUCCUACCUGAAGUUGGCUGUUGAAACCGUUAUCUAAUGUUUUUUGACGUGAACACGAUGUUCUCGCAGUUUGUCUACAGUUUCCUGCUGGCAUCACUGGCGCUUCCAUACAGCUCUUUCGGGGAGAUACUGUUUCGAUGUCCGAGCUGCACGGCGGAGCGACAAGCCGCAUGCAAGCCCGCGACCAACUGUGUGGAGAUCGUCAGGGAGCCGGGCUGCGGCUGCUGUCCUGUGUGUGCCCGACAACUGGGGGAACUCUGUGGCGUGUAUACACCGAGAUGCGGGAGUGGUUUGCGGUGUAAUCCGAGUCCAGGCGAAGAAUUACCCUUACAAAAAUUACUACAGGGGCUCGGACGAUGCGAAAAUAGAGUUGAACCCACCGCCAGCCAAGAUGAUCGACAUACUUCUCCAGAGUACGGAACCUAUUUUAUUUGGCCUGUCUCAGGAGAGUCAAAUGGCACGAGGUCCCUUGCUCAGAAGAAGAAAGAUGCUAACUACUGGCAGAUCAAGGAGACUGCUUUCAGGCACCACCAGAACGAACAGAGGACCAGGAUGAUGGUCAACCGUGUGGAGGAGCCCAAGACCCCUCGGCCCAGACAGAGUCAAUGCCAGCAGGAGCUGGAUAAGGUGUUGGACGAGAUCUCUAAAAUGACCUUCCAUGACAACAGGGGACCUCUGGAGAACCUGUAUGAGCUAAAGUUCCCUAACUGUGACCAGAAAGGACAAUACAAUCUAAAACAGUGCCACAUGUCUACCCACGGGCAGAGGGGCGAAUGCUGGUGCGUGAACCCCCACACUGGCAUCCAGAUUCCCUCUUCUGUCAGAGUGAGGGGUGACCCCAACUGCAGCCAGUACCAUGGUGGGCCAGAGCUGGAGCCCCCCGCCGGCCUGGAGAAAUAGACGAGUCCUCACCCGCCGGGGAACAAGCGAAGCCACAGAACAAUGAGAGAGGAAGCUGGAGAGGCGUGCAUGCAUAUAUUCCUGUGUGUACAUGUGUAUAAAUGUUUCAUUUCUGGUUUGAUUUGCAUUUUAAUCACGGGGAAUAAGAAGAGCUGCAUGUCAUGAAAAAAGCAAAAGAGAAGGGCAGACAGUGGUAUCCCCUGCCUUUCCAGUUCAUCUGUAUGCUAAAUUUAACAAUGAGAGACCGGCGUCCUCCUGUUUAGAGACUUGUCUGGACCUUAACUCAGUAAGCAUGAAAGAGCCCCUUUUACUCCCAUGAAUGUACGUGGAAGUGCUGGUAUCCCGCUCUAAGCUUCCUGGGUUUAGGCUCCAUUGCUGUCUUACUUUGGUCCAAAUUUCGUUUUAGAACUUUCCUAACAUUUGCUGUAACCACUCAGAUUCAAGCCAGAAACACACAACAUUAUAUUAUACAAAAGCCUUAUUGCUAUACUAAUGUAUGCUGUUUUAGCUGGAGCAAUAUCAUUUUUAGUUACUUUUUUCACGGCUGUUCACGAUGCAUUGUGACUAUGAGUGCACCAGUGCUGAUUACUUGUUUUCAGAAACAUUUUUUCCUGUCUGCUUCCUCCUUCUGACUGGCCCAAGCACAACCCCUCCUCCGCCCAACCCUAAGUGUGCGGAGCUGCGUCUUCGGUAGUAGAGAGGCCUUACCUGCAGUGUUCAGGUUUAGCAGAAAGUUGGAGGAGUAGAGGGUAUGUGGGGUUUUUUUUUUUUUUUUUUGGGGGGGGGGGGGGGAUUAGCAGAGGGAGGUAGUUACUAAUGACGUGCUGACAGAGGUUGAGAUUAGGACACCAGGCUGACAUUGACAAAUGGGAUACUAAGUGGGUUAAGUUCCUAUAAAUAAACACAAGUUUGCAAAUACAUGCCUGUAAUGCAGAUGGGCCAUGCUUUACAAAGCUAUUUGACAUCUUCCAAGGGUGGGGCCAGAGGAGUGGCCUCAGAGCAGAGGGUUUUUGCUGGGGUUAGUGGAGAAGAAUGGGGCUGUACACUUGUGUAAAGGGAUUCCAAGUGAGUGAGAUUGCUGAGCACAUGUCAGCACAUUUCCUGGUUAGAUCUGUUUAGCAUUUAGAAGGACAAGGGCUAUGAUUGGUGUUCAGUAGGGACAUUAGCAGGACCAGGGCUAUGAUUGGUGUUCAGUAGGGACAUUAGCAGGACCAGGGCUAUUAUUGGUGACCAGUAGGGACAAUAGAAGGACCAGGCCUGUGAUUAUCCAAAAUUGGAUCUUAUUCAGUCUUGUGAAAUGUGAUCUUGUCUGUCCUGUCUGUCUGUUUGUCUGUCUGUACGUACCGUACCUUCUUGUUUCCUCUCUCCAAAACACAGCACAGAGCAGCUCAGAAUGACUGGACCCCAGAAAUAACAGCUUAUUAAGCUUGAUUGAUUGUAAACAAAUGCGGUUUGGAUCUCUGUAAGUUCAGCUCUCAGAUACCCAUAGUAACCUCCAGUAACUCAUAUGGUUUUACUGUGCACAGCCACCUUUUAAUUUAGCUUUUGUAGAUUUUCUUUUCUGUAGAUGAUGUUAUGGUGCUACAGUCUGGCUUCGUCUUAACUCUGCUCCCCAAUGCAGGGUUUAAAAUGGGAUUUUUUAAAGUUCCAGCAGAGAGCUUGCUGAGACACUGGCCAUGACUUUUUCGUUUAGGUUGGUUUCUGAAAUAGAUUGUUGCAUGCCCUCCAGUGAUAAAGUAAAUUUUACGGUAGUUUAAGUCUACCGUAGUAGCCAGCUGGCCUAGUUUGAAAACAAAGCGAAACCAAUCCCUGUGAUUUUUGGGCAUAUUGAUUUGCCCAAGUUGUCCUAACAGGGUGAAAUAAUUUGUUGAAUGUGUCUGUGUGUCUAUGUGUGUGUGUGUGUGUGUGUGUGUGUGUGUGUGUGUGUGUGUGUGUGUGUGUGGUGUGUGUGUGUGUGUGUGUGUGUGCGCAUGCAGAGGGGUUCCAGACCAUUCCAGUAGACAGAGAGAGUGAAGCAGUGUUUGUCAUCUGUUGCCGUAUAAAACUGUGUGAGCUGCUCACUGUGUUUGGAGAGCCACGCUUGGACAGCAGGGACAUUCCUAAGCACGUUCAUCCCACCAUUGCUCUCUCGCAUUUGCUCUUUUUCCUGCUUUUUGUUACACUGUGUGUCACUGAGUACCUGAUGGCACAUCCACAUCAGAUAGUGAGCUUUACUGGUGACCAUCAGACGCAGCCUGCUUUUGCACCUGUUCUCACUGGAAUAGUCGGUAAAUAAAAAGUGCCUGCCUCUAAUUUAGAAUGGGAUUGAGAAAUCCAUAAAUGCAUGCGUACCAGCAAAUAUUUUUAAAGUCCUGUAAUAAAUUGCAAUAUGAAUAAACGUACUAUUUUCAAACCUCUCA